AUAUAGAAUUUUUUUUUUAAAUUCAUUUUCAGUUAUUCAAUAUUUCAUACGUGAAAUAACGUAUUUUAAGCGUUGUCAUUAUUAUUAUUAUUUUAUUUAUUUUUUUUUUGAAGAAAAUAUUAAAAUGUUAAAAAAAAUUAUAAAUUUACUUAGUAUAAAUUUUUUCUUUAGUUUUUAUACAUCAUUAGUUUUUGCCCUGCCAAUUGUUGAAGAUUAUUGGCAUGAACGUGCUGAAAUUAUUCGAAUUGAAAAAAGUUCUUCAUUUGGAUCGGAAAUUGUGUUAAAUAAAGAUGAAAUACUUGUUAAUCAAAUUUUAAUGAAGGCAAAAUUGCAUGAAAUCGAUGAAGGUUUCGAAGAUGAAGGCAAAUUUCUUCCACGAUCUAAUUUCAUGAAAGUAAAAGAGAAAAUUGAAAAAUCACAAGUUUUUAAAAUAAUUCAAAAACUACCAAAAGGUGGACUAUUACAUGCACACGAUGUGGGAACCGUUUCACAGAAAUAUGUUUUAGAAAAUGUCACUUAUCUACCCAAUCUUUAUAUUUGUGAUAUUAGUGGUAAAUUGCAACUGCAAUUUUUUAACAUUCCUGAUAAUUCUUGUGAGUGGAAAUUGCUCAGUGACGUUAGAAAUGAUGCAGAAAGUGAGAAAAAAAUUAAUAAUCAAAUUUUGCAUCACAUGUCAAUGUUGACAGAUAAUCCAAAUGAAAUUUAUCCUGAUGGUUAUAAAGCAUGGACAAAAUUUCAAAAUCUCUUCUAUUUCCUUGGUUCUUUCAUGAGAUACAAGCCUGUUUUCUCCGACUACUAUUAUCAAUUAUUAAAAGAAAAUUAUGAUGAUAAAAUUUUAUAUGUCGAAUUAAGAGUGAGUUUACCUAAAUUGUAUGAUUUGAAUGGGCACAUUUACACACCAAAAGAAGUUAUCGUCAUUAUGAAGAAUGUAGUCGACAGAUUUAUUAAAGAUCAUCCCGACUUUGUGGGAGUAAAAGUAAUUUACUCUAAACAAAGAAGACUCACUGAAUCUCAAAUGGAUAAUUUUUUGAAUACCUUUAAAGAGAUAAAAAAUGCAUUUCCAUCGUUUGUUGCCGGUUUAGAUUUGGUUGGUCACGAGGAUAAGGGAACUCCAUUAAGUAAUUUUGCAAAUCAAAUUCUAUCGUUAGGAGAGGAUAAAGCAACAUUUUUUCACGCCGGCGAAACUGAUUGGAAUGGAUUUUCCACUGAUGAAAAUUUAAUCGAUGCAAUUUUACUAAAUACAAAAAGAAUCGGUCAUGGUUUUGCUCUACCGAAACAUCCAAAAUUAAUGGAACUUGUUAAGAAAAAGAACAUUGCAAUAGAAGUGAAUCCAAUAUCUAAUCAAAUUUUAAAUCUUGUUUCGGAUCUAAGAAAUCAUCCGGCGAGUAUUCUUUUUGCGGAAAAUUAUCCUGUGGUGAUUUGUAGUGAUGAUCCCGGACUAUGGGGGGCAAAGGGAUUGAGUUAUGAUUUUUAUGAAGCCUUCAUGGGUAUAAUGUCGAGGAAUUCUGAUUUGAGAGCAUUAAAGAGGCUUGCUUUAAAUUCAAUAAAAUACAGUUCAAUGGACACUAAUGAAAAAGUAAUGGCUUUAGAGAUUUUUUUAGAACAAUGGAAAAAUUUUCUACAUGAUAUUAUUAAUAAAAAUGAAUUAAAUUUUAAAGAUAAUUCAGAAUCCUCAAGGUCACUAUAAUAACAAUUUAAAAAAAAAAAAUUUUAAAGAAUAUUAUUAUUAAUAAUAUCCGAUUGGAAAAACAGAUACGAAUUUUUAAAGAAAAAAAUUUUAAACUUACAAAAAUUAUUUACUUAUACAAUUUUGCAUAUAUCAAAAUUUUCUUCAUUUUGUUUCCUUAAAAUUUUGCAAAAAAUGAUCCGAUUUUUUUUUAAUUAUGAUUAUUUGGUAAA